AUGUUCUCUCUUUCUCGACAGUGUCUACGAACGGCCGUGCAAGUUCGCAGGUUCUCCGCGACUUCAUAUGUAUCAAAUGCAGACACAACUUCUACCCAAGGAGAACAACAUAUACGGGCGAAGCUGACUGAGAAAUUUAAACCAACCACAUUGCGAGUUCAGGAUGUUUCUGGCGGUUGUGGCGACUUUUACGCAAUAACCAUCGCAAGCGAAGCAUUUAAAGGCUUGCCUAUGAUCAAACAGCAUAGACUCGUCACAGAAACAUUAAAGAAAGAGAUAGAAGGGAUUCAUGGGCUACAAGUAUGUCAUAUUCUUUCUGUUAAUGGUUUAUACUGA